AUGGCAAAUACACAACCCAAAAUUAAUUUACCAGAAUUGGUGUGGCAACGAUUUGAAAAUCUUUGGAAUGAGGUAAAAAUAUUUCCUGAAGAAGAAAUGGUUUUUGAACGAGUUCUUGAAUCCAGAUUAUUCGAAGAUAAAGAGAUCAAUAAAUUGGUAAAGAAAUUGCAAUUCAAUCUCAGCUUUCUUAUUAUUGAUAGGGAGAGAAUUCACGAUAAAUUCUACUCUGAAUAUAUAAAAUUAGAAAAGGGAAUAGAUGAAUUAAAAAAUGAGAAUAUUGAAAUCAAAACCGAGAAUACGAAGUUAAAAUAUGACAAAGAAGAAGUUGAAACUGAGAAUAUAAAGUUAAAACAGGAUUUAGAUGAAUUUAAAAAAGAACUAGAGUCUAAGAAAAAUCGUAAAUUCCAGGGAAAAUGUAUCCUAAUAGCUCAAGUAUUACUUGGAGAAGAACCUGUAGUUGAAUACCGUCCAUCUUUUAUGGAGGGAUUAGAACUUGAUGCUUUCUUCCAACGCCAUCGAAUCGCACUGGAAGUGCAAGGGGCACAACAUCGGCUCCAUCAUACCAGCUGGUAUAAAGAUGUUAAAAAACUCGAGGAUAUUGUAAAUCGUGAUCGGAAAAAAAGAUGUAUAUGUCAAGAUAACGGAAUUUUCCUACUUGAGGUAUGGUAUGAUGAAAAACCAGAAAUAGUUAUUCCUGAAAGGAUUCAAAAAAUUAAGGGUUUCGUUAAUCAAGCAUUUAAAAUUUUCGACCUAUAA